AUGCACGACAAAAGUUUGGCGAAGUUUUUUGCUAACGCCAAAAAGAAAGACGGUACAAAAUUUAAAGCAAGUGCUCUUUUAACCUUCCGACAAGGCCUGAGACGGCAUUAUUUGGACAGUUUGGGCUAUGAUAUUGUGAAUGAAAAACGAUUUUCGUACAGUACGAAACUCUUCAAAGCUGCUGUAAAAGAUUUACGACGACAAGGUCUUGGUUCUGUCAAACACCACGUCCCAAUAACAAGAGCUGAUGUGACAAAACUAUACAGCGGCGACACUGUUGUGUUUUACAUGGAUACUCCAAACGGCCUCUUGAACAUAGUGUGGUUUGAAGUGAU